UCAGAUCAAUUUAAUAAAUUACAAUCUAUAGAAGAAAAGAUAGAUUGGACGAUUAGUCGAAAAAGGUUAGAAUUAGAAGAUUCUUUAAAGAAAACUUUGGCGGUGAAACGUAGGAUGAGGAUUAAGGUUUGGAAUACGGUUGAUGGUCAGAGUUGGCAGAAAGGAUUAGGAGAUUUGGAAAAUAAGAAAGAAGAGCUCGAGAAGGAACCAGAAACGGAAAUUAAUAUGUUGAGUAAUAUUGAAGCUGUACCCAAAUGGACCUUACAUAUCGAAGGCAUGCUCUUAGAAGUAACUAAAGAAACGUUGCCGAAAAUCUUGGAAACCAAACGACCAUUCUCAUCCCUCAUCACCGGAUUAUUAAUCAAAGUAGAAAGACCCGAUGAAUUAUACCCAGAACCUAAUUUUGUAGAAUGGCAAAGAAGAACGAACCCAACUACCCCUUCCCCAAACGAGUUUUCAGAAUUCAAAUUCACUAGAACUGGAUCCGAAAGAUGUCAGAUCCGAUUAGCCUUUCAUUUAGAUCAAUUUCCACAAAGGUUAAAGUUAAUGCCUAUCUUGGGAGACGUUUUGGAUUUGAAAGAAGCUUCGUUGAGUGAGAUUAUGGAUUCGAUUUGGAGGUAUGUUAAGAAAGAAAGGUUACAGGAUUCGAUGGAUAAACGACAGAUUAAAAAAGAUCAGAAAUUAGCUUGUUUGUUUCCUCCUAUGUGUGAUAAAAUGCCGUUUCAUCAAUUAACUGAUAGUGUAAGAAGGUUUAUUGGAAUGUCAGAACCAGUGCGUAUAGAUUAUGAGAUAGAUGUUGAAGAAGGAUGUGAAGGAAAAGCGAAAUAUUAUGAUGUUGAAUUUAGUAUAGAAGAUCCAGCUAAACUUCAUAUGAUGAAAGUUAAAGAAUCGUUGGAUGGUCAAGAUCAAAUUUCGAAAGAGAUUAUAGCAUUGGAUGAACAAAUUAUGGAAUCGAUAGCAAAACUUAAAGAAAUCAAAAGCAAACGAGAUUUUUAUCAAGAUUUUUCAAAAGAUCCCAUAAGUUUUAUAAAACGAUGGAUCAAUUCACAAUCAGAAGAUUUAAAUGAAUUAUUAGGUUUAGAAGACGAUCGAAAAAGAAGUUCAGAUUUUUAUCAAAAUAAUGAUUGGAUACAUGAAGCUAUUAAGGUUUAUCAACUUCGAGAAUUUAAUUCAAAGGUUGUGAAUUCUUCUACUUCUUCUCAACAACAACAACCACUUCAUUCUCAACAUCCACAUCCACUUCAACAUCCAAAUGGAAGUCUCGGGAGUAUUAAUCAUGCUGUUGGAGCUGGGUUUGGAGGAUUGAAUUCGGUGGUCGGUCAUGGGAUUAAUCAUAAUAUGAAUCAAAUUAGAAGAUAA